UGUACGUCUCCCUUUCUUGGUGUCUGUGAUUUUCUAUUGCUCUUCUGCCCCUCUUCUUGCCACCGCCAGUGUCUUUGCCUCUGCGUCCCUCUCUCUGAACUGCUUUCUGUCUAGCCUCUCUCUCUCUUCUCUGUCUGGGCGUCCAGUACACUUGUGAGUGACGAGGAAUAAAAAUAUCACGGUCCCUGUCCUUGGAUUCACAUUGCUUUCAGCCACUCGGGAGGGACCGCCACUUUCCCCUUUUCUAACCUUACCCCCUGCCCCUGCCCUCCAGCCGCGGAACCCCCGACCCACUUCUGGAGCCACAGGUGCCUCCUAACCACUCUUCCCCCACAACCAGGGUUUCCCCCACAGCCCCAGCUGGUGUGGCCAGGCCCCAAGGGUAGGAUGGGGCUUCCCCUACGAGGGCCGGUGGCAGCCAGAGCUGAUACAGCCCCCUUGGUCUGGGGCCAGGACGCCAGCUAAGGAGGGUGAGAGUCGGGAACCAUGGCUGGCGCCUCGGUGAAAGUGGCAGUGAGGGUUCGGCCCUUCAACGCCCGUGAGACAAGCCAGGGUGCCAAGUGUGUGGUCAGCAUGCAGGGCUGCACCACCUGUGACCAUCAUCAAUCCCAAACAGAGCAAGGAUGCCCCCAAAAGCUUCACCUUUGACUACUCGUACUGGUCCCACACUUCGGCCGAGGACCCCCAGUUUGCGUCUCAGCAGCAGGUGUACCGGGACAUUGGAGAAGAGAUGUUACUCCACGCUUUCGAAGGCUACAACGUGUGCAUCUUUGCGUAUGGGCAGACCGGCGCUGGGAAGUCGUACACCAUGAUGGGGCGGCAGGAGCCAGGGCAGCAGGGCAUCGUGCCCCAGCUCUGCGAGGACCUCUUUUCUCGCGUGAAUAAGAACGAGAGUGCUCAGCUCUCCUAUUCUGUGGAGGUGAGCUACAUGGAGAUCUAUUGUGAGCGGGUGCGGGACCUCCUAAACCCCAAGAGUCGGGGCUCUCUGCGGGUCCGGGAGCAUCCCAUCCUGGGCCCCUACGUGCAGGACCUGUCGAAGCUGGCCGUGACCUCCUAUGCAGACAUUGCUGACCUCAUGGACUGCGGGAACAAGGCUCGGACCGUGGCCGCCACCAACAUGAACGAGACCAGCAGCCGCUCGCAUGCCGUGUUCACCAUCGUCUUCACACAGCGCUGCCACGACCAGCUCACGGGGCUGGACUCAGAGAAGGUCAGCAAGAUCAGUUUGGUGGACCUUGCUGGCAGCGAGCGGGCUGACUCUUCGGGGGCCCGGGGCAUGCGUCUGAAGGAAGGUGCCAACAUCAAUAAGUCCCUGACGACUCUCGGGAAAGUGAUCUCGGCCCUGGCAGAUCUGCAAUCGAAGAAGCGGAAGCCGGAUUUUAUCCCUUACAGGGACUCUGUGCUCACGUGGCUCCUCAAGGAGAAUCUGGGUGGGAACUCACGCACGGCCAUGAUCGCGGCGCUGAGCCCCGCAGACAUCAACUAUGAGGAGACCCUCAGCACACUCAGGUACGCUGACCGCACCAAGCAGAUCCGCUGUAACGCCGUCAUCAAUGAGGACCCGAACGCCCGGCUGAUCCGAGAGCUGCAGGAGGAGGUGGCCCGGCUGCGGGAGCUGCUGCUGGCUCAGGGGCUGUCGGCCUCCGCUCUGGGAGGCCUGAAGGUGGACGAGGGGAGUUCCGGAGGUGCCCUGCCAGCUGUGUCGUCCCCCCCAGCCCCGCCUUCACCCUCACACCCCUCCACACACAACGGCGAGCUGGAACCCUCAUUCUCCCCCAAUGCUGAGCCCCAGAUUGGGCCCGAGGAGGCCAUGGAGAGGCUGCAGGAGACGGAGAAGAUUAUCGCCGAGCUGAACGAGACAUGGGAAGAGAAGCUACGUAAGACGGAAGCCCUGAGAAUGGAGAGAGAAGCGUUGCUGGCUGAGAUGGGGGUGGCCGUCCGGGAGGACGGGGGAACUGUGGGCGUCUUCUCUCCAAAGAAGACGCCGCACCUGGUGAACCUGAACGAAGACCCGCUCAUGUCCGAGUGUCUGCUCUACCACAUCAAAGAUGGCGUCACCAGGGUGGGCCAGGUAGAUGUGGACAUCAAGCUGACCGGGCAAUUCAUUCAGGAGCAGCACUGUGUGUUCCGGAGCAUUCCUCAGCCGGAUGGAGAAGUGGUGGUCACCCUGGAGCCUUGUGAAGGGGCCGAGACCUACGUCAACGGGAGACUGGUGACCGAGCCCCUGGUGCUGAAGUCAGGGAAUAGGAUCGUGAUGGGCAAGAACCACGUUUUCCGCUUCAAUCACCCGGAGCAGGCGCGGCUGGAGCGGGAGCGAGGGGUGCCCCCGCCCCCCGGGCCGCCCUCCGAGCCCGUCGACUGGAACUUUGCCCAGAAGGAGCUGCUGGAGCAGCAGGGCAUCGACAUCAAGCUGGAGAUGGAGAAGAGGCUGCAGGACCUGGAGAACCAGUACCGGAAGGAGAAGGAGGAGGCUGACCUCCUGCUGGAGCAGCAGCGACUGUAUGCGGACUCGGACAGCGGCGAUGACUCGGACAAGCGCUCCUGUGAGGAGAGCUGGCGGCUCAUCUCCUCGUUGCGAGAGCAGCUGCCCCCGACCACGGUGCAAACCAUCGUCAAGCGCUGUGGCCUGCCCAGCAGCGGCAAGCGCAGGGCCCCUCGGAGGGUCUAUCAGAUCCCCCAGCGGCGGCGGCUGCAGGGCAAGGACCCCCGCUGGGCCACCAUGGCCGACCUGAAGAUGCAGGCCGUGAAGGAGAUCUGCUACGAGGUGGCACUGGCCGACUUCCGCCACGGGCGGGCCGAGAUCGAGGCCCUGGCCGCGCUCAAGAUGCGGGAGCUGUGUCGCACCUACGGCAAGCCCGAGGGCCCCGGGGACGCCUGGAGGGCCGUGGCCCGGGAUGUGUGGGACACGGUGGGCGAGGAGGAAGGCGGCGGCGGCGGCGAGGAGGGCGCCCGCGGGGCCGAGGUGGAGGACCUGCGGGCUCACAUCGACAAGCUGACGGGGAUCCUGCAGGAGGUGAAGCUACAGAGCAGCAGCAAGGACCGCGAGCUGCAGGCCCUGCGGGACCGCAUGCUGCGUAUGGAGAGGGUCAUCCCGCUAACCCAGGAUCACGAGGAUGAGAACGAAGAAGCCAGGGAAGCCGCCUGGGCCGCGCCCCCGGGGUCGGAGGAGGCGGCGGAGGAAGCACCCGGCGAGCGCGCGCCCCAGGCCCCAGCGGCGCGGCCCUCGUCGCCGCCCCUGUCCAGCUGGGAGCGGGUGUCGCGGCUCAUGGAGGAGGACCCCGCCUUCCGCCGGGGUCGCCUGCGCUGGCUCAAGCAGGAGCAGUUGCGGCUGCAGGGACUGCAGGGCGCGGGGGGCCGGGGCGGGGGACUGCGCCGGCCCCCCGCCCGCUUCGUGCCCCCUCACGACUGCAAGCUGCGCUUCCCCUUUAAGAGCAACCCCCAGCACCGGGAAUCGUGGCCGGGGGCGGCGGUCGGGGAGGCCCCCGUGGCGCCCCAACCCCCGGAGGAGGUCGCGCCCCUUCCGGCAGCCCCCGCGCGCCGGCCCCCGAGUCCUCGGAGGUCCCACCGGCCCCGCAGGAACUCCCUGGACGGAGGCGGCCGGUCCCGGGGAGGCGGGUCCGCGCAGCCCGAACCCCAGCACUUCCAGCCCAAAAAGCACAACUAUUACCCCCAGCAGCCCCAGCCGUACCCGGCGCAGCGGCCUCCGGGGCCCCGCUACCCGCCCUACACCACUCCCCCGCGCAUGAGGCGCCAGCGCUCGGCCCCUGACCUCAAGGAGAGCGGGGCCGCCGUGUGAGCCCAGCCCGGCCGGGGGGCAGGGGGAAGCCGAGCCGGGAGCAGAGCAGCCGCCGGAGCCGCCGCUGCCCCAGGAGCCCGGGGCAGGGAGGCGACAGGUGGGCGAGAAGGUCCGAGUAGGUGCUGGACGGCGUGGGAGAGGCUGGGCCGGAGGCUGGAGGAAGGGAGCGCGCACGGAGUUGCCCGGAGCGAACCAAAGUGAAGGAAGAGGAUGGGAGCUGCCUCGGGGCGCCCCUCGCAGGGGGGGUCCCCACAAAUGCUGCUAGGGGUGGGGUGGGGGGCUGGGGUGCUGCGUAGCCAAUGUUUGACUUUCUUUUCAACUGGGGCAAAGGGGAGAGGACCUAGGGUGAGGCGUGUUCUCUUCCGGGCCCCUGUCCGUCUGUCUGUCUGUGGUGGGCUUCUGUUUCCAGGGAGGUGAGGCGUCGCGCGAUCGCAAGUCAUUCCCCUCCCCUUCCAGGCCUCCUGCUAUAUUUGGGGGACCUGUCUGGAUUCUGGUUUGGCUGGGGUCCCGUGAGGAUGUGGGGCCCUUCAAUAAAGGAUAGCAAACACAGGGAGCUUGGUGCUGGUUUGGUUUGGGUUUUAACGGAGGUGUAGAUUAUCUAAGUAAAAAUGCACAGAUUCUAA